GAGGACAAGGAACCCAACACCCUGCUGCCCCACGGCCUUGUGACCUGGCCCUGCUCCACCCAGCGUCCAGGAGGAAGCGCAGCCACCCUGGGCACGGGUGUCGCCACCGACCGGCUCCUGAGAUGGUGUCUUGAGGGAGAGGGACAGGGACAGUUCCCUCCUGGGCCAGCCAUGGCGAAGCAGAGCCGUGUCCACAGCUCCGGCUGGGAUGCCCUGCAGGGCAAGGGGCCCCUGGACUCGGCGUGGUCAUGGAUUCCCAUCAUGAAGGACCCUGGGUGGAUCCGGAGUGUGUGGCCUGCAAACAUUAAUGCUCAGACCAUGAACUACGUGGGGCAGCUGGCCGGCCAAGUGUUCGUGACGGUCAAGGAGCUUUACAAGGGACUGAACCCCGCCACCCUGUCCGGGUGCAUCGACAUCAUCGUUGUCCGCCAGCCCAAUGGGACCCUGCAGUGCUCCCCGUUCCACGUCCGCUUCGGGAAGAUGGGCGUCCUGCGCUCCCGGGAGAAAGUGGUGGACGUAGAGAUCAACGGGGAGUCUGUGGACUUGCACAUGAAACUGGGGGACAAUGGGGAAGCCUUUUUUGUGCAGGAGGCCGAUAACGAUCAGGAGGUGAUCCCCACGUACCUGGCCACGUCCCCCAUCCCUUCGGAGGGCGUCUCGCGCAUGGAGUGCCACCUGCGGAGGAAUGUGGCGGACGGGACUCGGAGCCUGGAGCCCAGCACCCCUGCCCCAGUCCUGCCACCCAGUGAGGCCACGUCCAACAGCUCGUUGGUGAAGAAGAGGAGGAAGCGGAGGAGGAAGUCCCAGCUGGACAGCCUGAAAAGGGACGACACCACCAACACGUCUGAGGACGAGGACAUGUUCCCCAUGGAGAUGAGCUCGGACGAGGAGGCGGGGCUGCCGGACAGCAGCAGAGUGCCUCCUAGUGAUGCUCCGCUGUUCGAAGAUGAAAUUCCCAAGGAAAACCUCCCCUCCGUCUCACUGUACAGGCAGUCGGCCUCCUACCCCAACUCAGAGAGAGAGUGGUCCCCCUGCCCGAGCCCAGUAGACCACCAGCGGACGCCCCCUCAUCUCGAGGUCACCACAGAGGGAGGCCUCUCUAGCUCUUGCCCGCCACAGUCCUCCUACCUGCACGCGUCGGAAAGCCCAGCAGGCUCUCGCCCCGCCACCCCAAAGAGCGACUCUGAGCUAGUGAGCAAGUCCAGUGAGCGCGCGGCGCCCAAGAUCAACCUGGAGAUGCUGUGGCUGUGGGGGGAGCUGCCUCAGGCCGCCAAGUCCUCUCUGCACAAGAUAAAAGAAUCCAGCCCACUGAGCAGCAGAAAGAUCUUCGACAAAACCCACUUCCAGGCCAUCCACAGCGAGUCCUCAGAUACCUUCAGUGACCAAUCGCCGACGCUAACCGGGGCGCUGCUCGCUGCCCAGAGCCAGCCACAGUCAGAGAUGCAGCUGGUGAUGGAGGAGGACAUCGAGGCCCUGGGAGCGGCUGCCCCGCCCCUGCCUGUGACUGAGGAGCUCAAGCCCCCAGCUGCCAGCGUGGCACAGGCGGCGAGCAAGACGGACUCUCCCCGCAGGAAAGAUAAGCGGAGUAGACAUCUCGGUGCUGAUGGCGUCUACCUGGACGAGCUCACUGACCUGGACCCUGAAGUGGCAGCUCUGUACUUUCCCAAAAACGGAGACCCUGCCGGGCUCCCCAAGCACACCAGCGACCUCGGACCCCGUUCGGCUAACCAGUCCCCGCAGUCGGUGGGCAGCUCAGGCGCAGACAGCGGCGUGGAGAGCACCUCGGAUGGCCUACGGGACCUGCCGUCCAUCGCCAUCUCCCUGUGCGGGGGCCUCAGCGACCACCGGGAAGUCACCACAGAUGCAUUUUUGGAACAGGCCGUGUCGUACCAGCAGUUUGUGGACAACCCGGGCAUCAUCGACGACCCCAACCUUGUGGUGAAGAUCGGUAAUAAGUAUUACAACUGGACGACUGCAGCCCCUCUGCUCCUGGCCAUGCAGGCCUUCCAGAAACCUCUGCCCAAGGCCACGGUGGAGUCUAUCAUGAGGGAUAAGAUGCCCAAAAAGGGAGGCCGCUGGUGGUUCUCGUGGCGGGGGAGGAGCUCCACCAUCAGAGAGGAGAGUAAGCCUGAGCAGUGCCUGCCUGGAAAAGGCCACAGUACUGGGGAGCAGCCGUCACAGCUGGGCAUGGCCACUAGGAUCAAGCACGAGUCAUCCUCCAGUGACGAGGAGCACACAGCCACCAAGCCAGCCUCCACCGGCCACCUGCCUCUGCUGUCCAGCGUCAGCUACAAGAAGACACUGAGGCUCACGUCAGAGCAGCUGAAAAGUUUAAAGCUGAAGAAUGGCCCCAACGAUGUGGUCUUCAGUGUGACCACGCAGUACCAGGGCACCUGCCGCUGCGAGGGCACCAUCUACCUCUGGGACUGGGAUGACAAGGUCAUCAUCUCCGACAUCGACGGGACCAUCACCAGAUCGGACACCCUCGGCCACAUCCUGCCCACACUCGGGAAGGACUGGACCCACCAGGGCAUCGCCAAACUCUACCACAAAGUGAGCCAGAACGGGUACAAGUUCCUCUACUGCUCGGCGCGGGCCAUUGGCAUGGCCGACAUGACUCGAGGCUACCUGCACUGGGUCAACGAGCGCGGCACGGUGCUGCCCCAGGGGCCCCUGCUGCUCAGCCCCAGCAGCCUGUUUUCGGCCCUGCACAGAGAAGUGAUUGAGAAGAAGCCGGAGAAGUUUAAAGUGCAGUGUCUGACUGACAUCAAGAACCUGUUUUUCCCGAACACAGAGCCCUUUUACGCUGCCUUCGGGAACCGCCCCACCGACGUUUACUCCUACAAGCAAGUGGGCGUCUCUCUGAACAGGAUCUUCACUGUCAACCCCAAGGGCGAGCUGGUGCAGGAGCACGCCAAGACUAACAUCUCGUCAUAUGCACGGCUCUGCGAGGUGGUGGACCACGUGUUCCCGCUCCUGAAACGCAGCCCCUCCUGCGACUUCCCCUGCUCGGACACCUUCAGCCACUUCACCUUCUGGAGGGAGCCACCACCCCCCUUUGAAAACCAGGGUGUCCACUCAGCCUCAGCGUGACAGGCACUGGUCGGCCCUUUGCCACAACACAGAAGCCUGGCAUCCCUGUGACAGACCCUACUUGGGAGCGCACUGUGACCAUCUGGGCUGAGCGAGACCCAGAAGCGUUUCCGGGGUGGGGGUGUAGUGGGAAGUGAUGCUGUUAAAUGCAAAGUGACAAACCUGUGAGAGUGCAUUCGCAGGUCGCGUGCAAAGCUGUGCCCCAGCCCACCCCAGCCAUUGGUUCUUGAUGUGCAAUAGGGUGUCCGAGGGCUGUGCCUGGGGGUGACAGUGCCCCCCGUGGAAUACCACUCUGCCCAGGCACGUAGGUCAGCACUUCUGAGCUGGCGAUGCUUUGCCACCUGGGCAUGGUGGGCACAGUGGUCAGGCGAGGGCACUGCAGGGUCUGGGUCACUGUGGGCUGGAGCUGGGGCUCCGACUAGGCCACCUUGCAGAGCUUCCUGCAGAGCGCUUAGCACCCUCUCAGGUGAUGCCGUCUUUCCUUUGGUAAGGAUACCUUGCCAUUAGCUCACCCCUGCCCUUUGCUGCUUGCAAGGCUGAAAUAUUUUGCCUUACUGCGCUGGGGGCAUCGGAUGUAGGACUGGCCCAGUCCAGCUCUCGGUAACUUUGCAACGCCUUAAACCAAACAGCUGCUCGCAGAGGCAACUAGCGCUCUGAAGCCAGCCCGGCCUGCGGCCAAACUGACAUGACAAAAAACCGAGAUGAAAACAACAAAAAUCCCGAAAGAGACGCGUGGUUUUCGGACAGUUGUUUGGAGAGCUUGAGCCAUAUUGUUUGCGGAUAUUAUUUAUUGCUUUACUCCGAUUGGGUUGUUGUCAAAAGGCUUCCAGCCACAGGCUUUCGGUGACAGAUGUCACAGAGGUGUCCAAGGAGGAGUGCAUGGGGCUGGUGAGUGCUCCGUCCGCAGGUCUCAUGCCGCAAGCCUUUCGGAAUUGCACAGAAGCUAUUUUUCUUAGCUUUCCUUUCCCACUCAAAUCAAGAGCAGGGGGACAGUGACACUUGGAGUGACAUUCUUUGAGCCAAUAGCAGAUGGUUCCUGUCUUAUUAGGAUGGUUCCUGUUUAUUAAGCUGGCUUGUGGAGAAUAUAGUGUGAAAAGGUGAAUUAUUUUGGUAAAAGAGUUUGAAAGAGUUUGUUUUCGUUUCUGACAUACUAUUUUUGUAAAGAGUGCAUUUUGCUCCCGGGACUGAAAUACUUUUCCUAUUUAAAUCACAUCGUUAGGUUCUUUGGAGGCAAAAGAAGAAACAAAACAACCCCUCAAAGGAAUCGGUACUCUUUCUGUGAAAGAAAAUCCCGAGUCCCUGGCGGCACCGCAUCUGGUGGGCGUGGGUGGCCGUGUGGGGGACAGAUGGCUUUGUGGACACACAGGGGAUCGACAGUCAGCUGUCAUGAGUCGCAGAUCGAGACUCGAGCUCCUCACGUUCGCUCGGGAGCUGUUAGGAAGGACCCAGCCGCACCCAGCACCCAGCUCCCUGCCCGGUGCUGGUCUGGUCCUACACCAUGUUCAUGCCCUGGGGUUGGGGAGCCAAGGAGAGCGAGCACCCACCUUGCUCGGGGUACCAGUCAUCCUGUACUUGUCUCAUUGAGUUGUGCUGGAUACAAAGCUGGAAAAUGCUGUAAUAAAUUGGCUGAAAGACUUCCUUGAAAAUCA